UUUUUUUUGUCUUACUUCUUUAUCUAUAUUUUAAUCUUUUAAAAUAGUUUGUCAGCAGAAUGCUGUAAUGUUAUGUAAUAUAAUGUAAUGUUAUGUAAUAUAAUGUAAUGUAAUGUAAUAUAAUGUAAUAUAAUGUAAAGUAAUACCUGAGUGUGUAAACAGAGGAGCGUCAGUGAAGCGCCUCAGAGGCAGGUCAGAUAAAUUGGACCCUGCUGUCGUGUUGUAGUGGCACAUUUUAUUUGCAGUUUGGCUUCAGUGCUUAUUUGAAAAGCUAAAAUCUCUUUCCAAGGGAAAUCAGUUAAUGUGAUCUGUAUUAUACCAAGAUGACGUACGCGCUGAGCCUCGUAGCAGCUGUUUUCAUGGCUCAUGUUGUGUCUGUGAGCAGCUCAGAACAAAACAUCGACCCAAAUGUAGUCAAAGCGGCUAACUUUGCCAUCGAGUUCCACAAUCACAUGACAAACUAUCCUUAUGCGUAUAAAGUCGUGGAAAUCCUGUCUAACUCUGCUCAGAUCUACCCUCCUGCCCGGGUGAAGUACUCCAUAGAAGUGCGAGCUGCUCAGACGACCUGCAGAAACACCGGCAGCGUGGACCUGGAGGACUGCAGCGUCGCGGCGAACGCACAGAUGAUGAUCUGCAGCUUUGUGGUUCUGGCAGUUCCAGGAGAGAACACGGUUCCUGAAUACGUUCUGUCACAGCACUGUGCCUGACGUGUUAUUCGUCAAACCGCACGAGUAACUGCACUGUAGCUGUUUAAAAAUCUACAACAUUUGCUGAGAAACAGAAAGUCCUACGUCAGGAAAAGAUUUUCCUUCAGAAAAAUCCUGUUUCCUGUUUCCUUAAGAAGCUACAUAUUGAACAAAACAUUCCUGGCAUGUGGCAUGCAGUUGUAGAAAAAUAAUCAACAACGAGGUGACAGUGCAUCUCAAAGUGAAGCGGAGUUACUGUCACCACCCUGUAGUUGAUUAUUUUCCCAUGAAAAGAUGUCCUGAAGUGCUUUAUUCCUCUUAUAUCACAGCAGUUUGCAAUUGUUUUAUUCAUUUUAUUCAAAUAGUUUUUAUCCGCUUGUAGUUACAUUUAAUAUUAUGGAACAAAUUAAACAAGUUAUUUCCUGUUAUCACUUUAGUUAUAGCAGCUGUACACAGUCAUCGUCUUUCCUGUGGUGUAAAACUUAAAGUUAAAGCUGUUACAAAGCACUGACACUGGAGACUCCUUCCAUAAGUAAACGUCUCCUCAUAGAAAACUUUACCACAACAUGUGGUGGGUUUUUUUUUAUCCGUUUAUUAACAUUAGGCUUUGAUUACAUGGAGUUUUCGCUGAACAAGUCCAUGUGUAAGUCGUUACCAUAGAAACCAUGACGCUGUUAUAGAAAACGAAUCAACAUCCUUCUGAUCCGAAUGCUUCAGAUUCGAGAAUUGAAAUUUAGUAGUGCUGUGGUAUAAGAUGAUCAUUAUUUGAACAUUAGAUUGGUGGUGUAAUAGCACUUUCAUGCACUUUUCUUCAUUCUCGAAAUGAAUAUGGCAUUAUUAUAUAUUAGUAGUAUGUAAUAUUUAUGUAUUAUAAUAGUAUGUUACUGUGAGGAUUUUGCGUAUAAAAUAAGCAGAUGAACAGUGAGCUGCGGAGAAGGGGGCCAUUACUUUAUUCACAGAGAUGUUCGCAGCGUGAAGUUCUCAAACUCUGCACAGAGAGAGUGUGUGUCUCUACAGUGUAUUUAUUUACACCUGACAUUGACUUUGAAAGUGGAAAUGCAACAAUGAGCUUCAGAGGUCACAGCAGAUCAGCCACAUGCGGUUAUGUAGAAUUAUAUAGAAUAUACUAAUUGUAUAAACCAUGAAUAAUUGGUUGGAAGUGUGUGGUUCUGUUUGGGCAUUUAAAAACACCACUGCUGUUCUUACUGCAAUGUGCAAUAAUCCUGAAAUAAAGGGGGAAAGAAUCUG